GAAAACAUUGUGGUUCGCUCCACACAAGUACUCAAAGAUGGUUCAUAGUCUUUUAGUAGUCCUUAAAAAACUCCGAACCUUCUGUACAUAUUUAGCCACCAAGUUGUUUUCUUUUACCAAAUCUGCACGGCAGUCCAUGAAAUACUCCUUACAGUUCAUCUGUCAAAAUAAUCCACUCUUUGUCCAAGUCAUUUAUUUCACCUCUAUUUCAUUUGCUGGAUAUGCAGCUCUAAAGGUCCUCAAACAACGAGACAAGUCAGAUAUUCUGAGUGACUUAGACUUAUUAUUUACCUCUGUAUCUGCAUCAACUGUCUCAAGCAUGGCAACUGCUGAAAUGGAGGAUUUUUCUAGCACUCAGCUCUGGUUGUUGACUAUUUUAAUGCUGGUUGGUGGAGAGGUAUUCAUAUCAAUGCUUGGUCUUUACUUGACGAGGUCCCAAUUUGGCAACUCAGUUUAUGUUGAUAUUGAAUCUAUUAAUUCUACAAAGUCUGGUCCCAACAGUACCCAGGGCACCAAAGUUACAGUGCCACUGUCUGAACUCCACUUGGAAGGAAAAAAUCAUGUUGAGCCCAAGACAAUUGAAUCUUUAAGUUAUGCAUUGUUGGUCUAUUUUCUUGUAACAAAUUUAGGCAGCUCCCUGGUUAUUUACCUUUACCUUAUACUCGUACCAGAUGCACAGGGAGUUCUGGAAAGAAAGGGCAUUGGGUCUGUCAUUUUCUCUGUAUUUACAGCCAUCUCCUCAGUUGGGAAUUGUGGCUUCAUUCCAGUAAAUGAGAACAUGGUCAUCUUUCAAAAGAACACCAUUCUGUUAUUGAUAAUUAUUCCUCAGAUACUGGCAGGAAAUACAUUAUUCGCCCCAUGCUUGAGAUUAAUGGUGUGGUCACUCAAGAAGAUUACUGGAAAAGAAGAAUACCAUUUCAUUCUUAAACAUCCGGAGGCCAUCGGAUACAAGCAUCUUAUGAGUGGUAGGGAGUGUGUCUAUUUGAUAUUAACUGUUUUCAGCUUCAUCAUUACGCAAACCAUAUUGUUUUGCUCUUUGGAAUGGAGCUCGGAGGCUUUGCAGGAAAUGAGCAGCUAUCAAAAGAUAGUAGGCGCUCUCUUUCAGUCAGCCAACGCAAGGCAUGCUGGCGAAUCCAUUGUUGAUCUGUCAAGCCUCUCUUCAGUAAUCCUAGUCCUGUACACUAUAAUGAUGUACCUCCCUGGUUACACUUCAUUUUUACCUAAAGAUGAUGAGCACCAUUCUAAAUCAGGUAUGAAAGACAAAAGGAGAAGGCUAUUGGAGAAUUGGAUCUUCUCCCAGUUGUCUUAUUUGGCUAUCUUUGUAAUGCUAAUCUGUAUUACUGAGAGGGAAGCAAUGACCACAGAUCCACUCAACUUCAAUGUUUUCAGCAUACUGUUUGAAGUUGUCAGUGCAUACGGGAAUGUGGGUUUCUCUGUUGGUUACAGUUGCAAGAGGCUACGAAAUCAUGACGUACACUGCAAGGAUGCGUCAUAUGGGUUUGUUGGAAAAUGGAGUGGCAAGGGGAAAGUAAUUCUAAUCAUUGUCAUGAUUUUCGGGAGGCUUAAAGCAUUCAAUAUGAAGGGCGGGAGAGCUUGGAAGCUUAGAUAGCAUCAAUCAUGCGUGGAACCAAAAUUCCAUCACUGCAUAUUAUGUUGUGAGCCAGGUAUACACUGCACAACGAGCAGCAGCUGUAAUAUGAGACCCUAACGUAGCAUGAGUGCAUAACAAAGAUGGCAGGUGCCUGUCAGCAUUGUCUCUUUGCCUUCCCAAAAUUCUAUUUUCACCUUGUUGUAGUACAAAGUUAAUAUAGAAGACAAUAAACGAACUAAUAGACGCACACCAGCAGGGGUUCAGCAGAUACAUUAAAAAAAAAACUCGACCACGGGGAGAUGACAUCCCCUGGCUUUGUCUUAAAGAAGGGGAGCACCGACCUGGCUGGCCAAAUACAUAUCGAUGAAGGUAUUCUAUCUCUAUGAUCCAUGCCUCAGACCAGUCUAUAUUUUCAAUGAGAGGAUUAAAUUAUGAGUAUCAAAUGGUUGCCUAUAUCAACGCCAGCCCACUUGAGAUCUUGAGGACAUCAAAAUUUUCAGUCUCGGUACAGCAUCAACCGAUGCAGUACCAAAAGGCUCACCCAUGUCUACCUCUAUAUAUACAUUCAGAUAUCAUUAUUCAGUUUCCAAAAUAAAAUCAGAAGUCAGCAAAAAUCUAGUGGACACUAGGCAAAG